AUGGCUUCCAGUGUUCCUUACGACCCUUAUAUUCCUCAGCCACAGGCACAACAGCCAACAGGCAAUAACAAGACUCAGGAUAUCCAAAAUGAAAUCAACCAAACAGUCGAUGUGAUGCGCGCAAACAUCAACCAUAUGGCUGAUAGAGGUGGCCAGCUGGACGCACUGCAAGACAAGACAGAUAACCUGGCGGUGGCAGCUCAAGACUUUCGACGAGGAGCCAAUCGUGUGCGCAAGCAAAUGUGGUGGAAGGAUAUGAAGAUGAGAAUGUGUUUGAUUGCAGGUGUCAUUAUUUUGAUUGUGGUUAUUGUUGUUCCCAUUGCUGUGCACUUUUCUUAA